GAGCAGCAUGUCCUGACAUCCACAGGGGUCUCUCCCUGUCCCCAGCCUGUGAGCCAUGGCCUACCACAGCUUCCUGCUGGAGCCCAUCAGCUGCCAUGCCUGGAACAAGGACCGGACCCAGAUCGCCCUGUGCCCCAACAACCACGAGGUCCACAUCUACCGCAAGGAUGGAGCCAAGUGGAGCAAAGUCCAUGAGCUGAAGGAGCACAAUGGGCAGGUGACAGGCAUCGACUGGGCCCCUGAGAGCAACCGACUGGUGACGUGUGGGACCGACCGCAACGCCUACGUCUGGACCCUGAAGGGCAAUGUCUGGAAGCCAACCCUGGUCAUCCUGCGGAUCAACCGCGCUGCUCGCUGCGUCAAGUGGUCCCCCAAGGAGAACAAGUUUGCUGUGGGCAGCGGCUCCCGGCUCAUCUCCAUCUGCUACUUCGAGCAGGAGAAUGACUGGUGGGUUUGCAAGCACAUCAAGAAGCCAAUCCGCUCGACGGUGCUCAGCCUCGACUGGCACCCCAACAAUGUCCUGCUGGCCGCUGGCUCCUGCGACUUCAAGUGCCGGAUCUUCUCAGCAUACAUCAAGGAGGUGGAGGAGCGGCCCAGCCCCACACCAUGGGGCUCCAAGAUGCCCUUUGGGGAGCUGAUGUUCGAGUCGAGCAGCAGCUGUGGGUGGGUGCACAGCAUCUGCUUCUCGGCCAGCGGCACCCGCGUGGCCUGGGUGAGCCACGACAGCACCCUCUGCCUCGCCGACGCCGGCAGGAAGAUGGCUGUCACCUCCCUGUGCACUGAGACUCUGCCCCUCCUUGCUGUCACCUUCAUCACUGAGAACAGCCUGGUGGCUGCGGGCCAUGACUGCUGCCCGAUGCUGUUCACCUACGAGGAGAGCCAGGGCACCCUGACCUUUGGAGGGAAGCUGGAUGUCCCCAAGCAGAGCUCCCAGCGUGGCCUCACUGCCCGCGAGCGCUUCCAGAACCUGGACAAGAAAGCGAGUUCGGACACUGCCAGCGCCACGCUGGACACUCUGCACAAGAACAGCAUCAGCCAGAUCUCAGUGCUGGUGGGUGGGAAGGCCAACUGCUCCCAGUUCUGCACCACAGGGAUGGACGGCGGCAUGAGCAUCUGGGAUGUCAAGAGCCUGGAGUCAGCACUGAAGGAUCUCAAGAUCAAAUGAAGGAGCCAUCCAGGAAGGGCAUCCCAUCUGCCAGCUGUCCCUGCUCUGCCACCCUGCCUGUCCCCACCAGCCCCUUGCACGUCCCCCUGCCAGCCAGCCCCGGCGGCUGCUCUCACACAGAGA